CCUUUGCAGAGUUCAAGGGAGUGCGCCACGUGCAUUGCAAGCGGAGGGCUUUUCGCGUUUUCGAUUGGCGAAGCGACAUUUGCUCUCUGCCUCGUCUCAUUUGCGGGACGGCCAUUUGCUGAGGCUGAUAGAGGCACAGGCACAGCAUGCCUAUGCCCAACGUAGCUACGAGCGGCUGGCCACAGGGUGGCAGCACCACCAGCCACAUGCAGGUAAGAGGGGAAAGACACUGCUGUCCAGACUGGACUGCGCAGUUCACACCACAAAUGGCAUGCAUACCAAUUACAGCCAUGUCUGUCUGUCUUGAUGGCUGUACUUGUCGCAUAUGGUGCAGGGGUACUGCCAGUACAACUACGGGUACGGCAAUAGCUACGGAUACGGCAAUAGCUACGGGUACGGCAGUGUCGAUCACACACCUUUCCAUGGCUGCAGCAUGCAUUGCAUUCCACAAGGUCACUGACGUUCUCGUCUGUGUGUGUGACGACCUCUUCAGGACCUACGAGGAUACAUGUACCUCGCCAUGAGUCGCGCAUCGACCACCGACACAUACACCUACACACCCACAGGUGCGCACAAACAUGAUGCGAUACGUACGAUGGACUCACAGCUGUGUGUGCGUUCGUAUUUGGAUGUGCAGGCAGCUCCACACCGACCGAUGCCCCCGCCACCCUCAUGGGCAUGACGAGGGAGGAACUUCUCGAGAAGUUAUCAAAGGCCAAGGUACGCAGCACACACACACACACACACAUCCUUGACCUCUUCUGGGUGUCUGUGUGUGUGUGGUGUGUAACAUCAGUCGCUGGCAGACGUCUUCCCUGACACCGAGGACGAGAAGCACCUCAAGCAGCCUCAGAUCUGGCGCAUCUACGCCUUGGUCAGUGACGUGAGCGGCAGCUGCGUGCUGGGCGAGGGCGUGCUGAUGGAGGUGAAUUCCAAGGGCAGGGGCGCGCGGAAGGGCACGGUGAUGGGCGUGGUGCUGACGGGCCCGAGUGCAGGGGCGGUGGGGUGGUUCCCGACCUCCUAUGGCGCCAUGAAGCAGGUCAACCUAUUUACCCCCGCCACUGAGAGGGAGAGGCAGGAGGGGACGGAGCUCUUCGCCAACUGGUGGGACGUCAAUACCCUGGGCAAUCCUUACGGUGCGGUGGGCCUGGCCAUGUGGGUGGGCCUGUCCCACAUGCCCAGGUUCAUGCAGCGGCAGUACGAGGGGCUGGCGUCCACUCUGACUGGCGGGCGGCUGGUGGUGGUGUGUCGGGGGUGCGAUAUAGUCGAGUGGUUCGUCGUGUCGGCGCCCCUUUUUGAGGGCGUGAUAGCCGACAACCGUGCCAGGGUGCCGGGCUAUGACAGGCAGAUCAGUGAGGUCACCAAGUGGCACCUCACACACACGCAGUACGAGGAAGAAUAAGAUAGAUAAGAGCAGGGCAGGAGGGCACGGAUACGGAAGGAUGGCUCUCACUCACUGCUUACAGUGGUGCCCCCUUGGCUGCUUGGUUGGUCUGGCGGUGGUCUACACACACGCGUUUGUUAGCCUUGUCUGUUUGGCUGUUUGGCUGCUCUGUUUGCUGGCCUUGGAUCGCUCUUUGUCGGUUUUUGCACCCCUACUAGGGUGCUGUGCUUCGUCCGUCGUGUGUUUUGUUUUCGCCUGCAGUGGGUUAUAGCACCUAGGAUGGUGUGGGGCUGGCUAGGUACCCUGCAGGCCACAGAACACAACACACACACCAUUUACCAUCUUUAGCCAGCUCAGCCGGGUGUACAAGAACACACGUAAUUAAUUGAGGGUAUGGCGCCGAAAGAUAGGCGCCUGUCCCCUCUCCACACGACGUACCAACAGACUGAUCUUGACUAGAAGACUGGCCGCUUCUUUCUCGUCCGUCGAUUGCCGUUUGUUUGUUUUGGUCCUUUUAUGUAUGGUCUUCUCUGAUGUGUUUACAGCUGGGAGUGCGGGGCGAAAGGAGGCGGCUCGGCUCGUCAAUGAUAGAAGAGCCCUUUUUCUAAUCGUCGGCGGCUGGUGCGUGUGUGUGAGUGGCUGUGGUGGGUAUGGUGGGUAUGGCCGUGGCGACAAAAAGACGUGACGAUCCAUAAGUGUCAUGACAGCAUCCAUGUGGUGGACCUGUGAAUGUGUGUGUGUGUGUGUGUGUGUGUAUCGGU